AUGAUGAUGGAGGACCCAGACGGCAAUUUUGCCAAGUUUGUCGCCUUCACAGACAAGUACAAAGAUGAUUUAAAGAAGCUCCUGGCUAAGCUCAAGGGUAACGAGAGGCUUGAGAUAAUCAGACGCAUUUUUAGGCUCCAGAAUUAUGAUGAUGUAGACGCAUACGAGCUUGGGUUGUUGGAGCCGAAAAAUUCAUCGGAGAUGGAGAAGAAACCGGAAGAGAGUUCUGGAAAAAGAAAGCACUGUGACGCUGGACAGGGUGACGAUCAUGAAGCAAAAGCCAGGCCUAAGAAGACGAAGAAGAAAAAGGAGGAGGAGAUAGAUUCGGCUCCUUUGCUGGAACCGCAACUUCCGGAAAAGCUCCGGCAAAGGAUGGAAAGGAUGAACGGGUCGAAUCCGGUUUUGGUGAUUCAGAAAGAAUUAUACAAAACCGACGUGAGCUCUCAGCAUGGCCGCUUGUCAAUGCCGGAAAGCCAAAUUCAGAAAGAAUUAUUUCUGACUGAAGAAGAGCUACAAUUGCUGGAUUCUCGGAACGGGUCGGAUCUACAGGAAAUUAAGGCGAUGGUAAUCGGGCCGUCGAGCAGAUUCGAGGGUGACGUGAGCUUGAAGAAGUGGAGCAUGGCGAAGAAAUCCGGCAGCGUGACUUCGACGUACAAUUUGGUGUCGGGUUGGAACAAGGUUGUGUCGGAGAACAAGCUCCGGCAAGGCAUGGUGGUGCAGGUUUGGGCUUUCAGAAAGGAGUCGAAGCUCUGUUUUGCUUUGGUUAAAGUUGGAGGCGAGGAAGAAGAAGAAGAAGAAGAAGAUGAAGAUGAGGAUGAUGGUGAAGGAAGCUCCCAUUGCGGCACCGACAGCGGAGAUGAUGGCUCCGAUGUAGUUGAAGUCGUAGUAGCAGCAGAGCAGCGCAGUGUGCCUGAGAAUACAGGGCUUUGA